AUGAAGUCUAGCGUUGGAGGAGUCUCGCAACGCCCUGAAAAUGUUGAGCGCACUGCGGCAGUCUUCAAGAUCGAGAAUCUUUAUGCUGGAGGCCAACCGAACUCACAGUGGAACUAUGUCAGGUUUGAUGUCCAGAUCACCGGCGGGGCAGCCUUUACCGAGUGUUCCAUCGCUACCAACACCGGGCCGAAAGUGCCUACAAUUGAGAAGACGGACUGCAGAAACGCUGAAGCUGUCAACAGGGCCAUUAAAUGGAGCAUCGAUCCAAUGGGAACUGGUAUGAUGCAUUUCAACGUCUGGUGGGAGUUCACAAGCCACGCUCACCUGUAUGGCGGUGUGCAUAUGUACCAGUCAUGGUUCAAAGAGUGGACGAUACAGGAUGGUAGCAAGUUGCAGGAAUACGUCGGUCCACGCAACUUUACUCUGGAUACUACGAUGAGCCCAACCCAGCCAGGGAAGAAGAGAGAUAUGGAGGGAAAUCACGUAUGA